GUAUCAAGAACAAGAUGGAUUCUAACAACUGGAUCCCCAAAGUAAUUCGCUGGCCUCAACAGGCUCAUAUCACCUCUCUCUGCUUGCCGCCUCUCAGAGUCUCCUGUUUGUUUUGUCUUUUUGCUCCCUGGCGCGAUUGUUGUUUUUGUCUGCAUAAUACCACAAUUCGUUCCUAGUCCUUGAGUUACCUCUCGAUAUCCGUCUUGCCACUCAUAUAAUUCCUAGCCAUUGGCUACUCACGCCGCAUAUAAGCCCGGCAAUUAUAUCCAUUCGACGUCGAUUCGUCAUUCUUAUCCAAAACGUUCAAUAUCCCUCCUUGCGACCGUUGAUAUCGCUAUUCUCACUAAUGGAACGCGUACGACCCCAGCCCGCACACAAGUCGCCCGACCGCCAGAAAUCCGUGUUUAUGGAGGUUGGUUUGGUUGAUGAAGAAACUGUGCGACGGGAACGCAAUCCCACACCCAAACUUACGUCCACGCUAGUCUCAGAUCCGACCCCGAGACGACUGAGACCCGCAAGAAUGGUACGGUUUCGAAGCCAAGCAGAAUUCUUCGAAGAGAAAGAGAGGGAAGGCCAUGAGCACGAUAGUGGGUGGGAAUCGAUAUCUGAUAUUGAAGAAUCAGACGACGAGACGCUGGCAACAAUGAAGCUAUAUCCGAACCGGGCUACCAACACAUUCUCCGGAUUGUACAAGGCAGGACUACUAGUGCUAGUGCUAGCUUUGAUGCUUCCUGUACUCCAAACCAGCCCUAUUUCCACGAUUGGGGUACGGGGGGGCGUAAUACCACUGCAGUCGAUCGACUAUGUUCAGGGAGUACACAUCUCCAAGCGAGAAGAUACAAAUACCCAGAUAUGCAAGAGGUGGAGCCAUCAAGCGACCAUUGUGAACGGAACGCUUUACAUGUAUGGUGGCCGCUCUAGUACGGAUGAUCAACAAACAAGCAACACCUGGAAUAAUGACUUCCUGGCCCUCGAUCUCACGAAGGCCUGGCAAAUCAGCAGUCCCUCCCUCACCGGCCUUCCGCGGCCCUCGGGGCCACCUAAGGUUGCAAAUGGAUAUCUCUGGAACUCAUAUGACUCGCUUUUCCUUUACGGUGGCGAAUUCUCUGACGAUCCCGUAGCGACGCCCGUUGGGACCUCCAUGUGGGAGUACAACAUAGGCUCGAAGCAAUGGAUCGAACAUCGAGACCCGAAGAGCUCAACUGGCGCGAAUGCGGAAGGAGACGGUCAGUCAAUUCAGCGCUCGGCAGAGGGCGCUGGCUUCGGUGUAAGUACGCUAGGUCGAGGUUGGUACUUUGGUGGCCAUCUAGAUUAUCUUACCACUGAAGGCUGGAACAUCCAAACAGCGAGAGUCUACCUCAAGAGUCUAGUCGAAUUCACCUUCCCAGGCUUCACUAACAAUGCCGUUGAGUCUCUCCGAAAUGGAAAACCAGCGGGCUCGGAUGGGACCUGGAGAAAUAUCACGGAAGGUGGCUUGCAAGACAGCGCUGGGUUUACUGAAAGAGCUGAUGGACUUUUGGUAUAUGUUCCUGGGUUUGGUGAUGAGGGCAUCCUGCUUGGUCUCACCGGCGGCACCAACGCUACCUUUACGCAAAUGAACGUGAUCGAUGUGUACGAUAUUGCCGAGUCGACCUGGUAUAAGCAGACUACCAGCGGCAAGAUGCCAGAGUACCGUGUCAAUCCGUGCGCCGUAGUGGCAGCCGCGGCAGAUGGCUCUUCCUAUAACGUAUACAUGUUUGGCGGCCAGAAUCUCCAACCCUUCAAAAACCAGACCCAAUACGAUGAUAUGUGGAUCCUGUCCAUCCCAAGUUUUACAUGGAUCCCGGUCGAUAUGUCCAAACAAUCCGUCCCGUAUGCUCGCGCCGGCCAUUCCUGCAGCGUCUGGGACGGGCAAAUGGUUGUAGUAGGCGGUUAUGUCGGACAGGAACUGUCCUGCGACUCUCCCGGCAUCUAUGUCUUCAACAUGUCGAGCCUGGAGUGGUCAACCCAAUUCACUGCGUUAACUGGUGACAGGGCACUACAACCUUGGAGCGGUAAGGGUGAUGACAGUGCGAACCCGCUCGCACAGCAGGCAAACCAACGGGGCUUCAACAGCUCAGCAGGACUCGAAGGAUCGUAUGGCUACCAGGUCCCAGUAGCCGUUCAAUCUGUCAUUGGAGGCAAGGCUACCGGCGGUGCAACCCUUACUGCACCCGUUCAGACUCCAACCAGUGGACCCCUUGCAACUGGAAAACCACAAACAUACACGGUCACUGGACCUAACGGGGCCAUCAUCACUAAAACUUCAGUCCCAAAUACAGGAAACAAAGGCUCUGGGACUAACGUCGGCGCCAUCGUGGCUGGUGUCAUUGCAGGUAUGUGUGCAACUAUAGCAGCAUAUUUCGCGUUCUGUGCCUGGAUCUACAGAAAACAAGUCAAGAUAUGGAAGGAUCACGCCACCAUGGUCACCGGGCGCUCAGCCACGAACGAAAAACAUGACCCUUGGGCUGCUCAGGGUGCCACGAUUUCCUCAUCCGGCAAGAACUCUAGUGAACGCGCAGCCAGAGAAGUAGCUCAUAACAUCAUGAGCACGACGAAUACAUCCAGUGCCAACUCAGGUCUACAUCCUAGUUCCGUUAAAGACCCAUGGCCUAGCGAUGACACUCGAACCGCCUAUCAAGGCGCGACAGGAGCUGCGGGAGGUAGUGGGACUGAUGCGUUGGGGAGGAGAAGUAGUGUGGGGAGUUCGACGGAUGACCUGCUCGAUGGGCAGGAGCCGGCUUUCUGGGGUUCAAGAGGUGUACUGUUAAACCCGAGGAGGAGUUUAAGGGUUAUUAAUAGGGAUUGAUUGAUGCGUGGCGCUCUCGUGAAUGGAGCUAUGAUGUGGUGUUUUUGUCUAAGGUGUUUUUGUCCAAAUUUGGGAAGUUUUCCCCUCAAUUAAGGUGUGU